UUUAAAUACCAAGGUAGCAAAAUUUACACUAAUAUUUAUGCUACCCGGUAUCAUUAACCCCUGUCGCAGGCUUACUGCUCUUUGACAUGAACUGCGGUGGCGUGCUGAUUGCUCGAGCUGUUUGUUGGUAGCAUUAAUCCUCAUGGCGCACAGUAUAAAAAUUCAAUGAACAAAAAUUGAUCAAACCACGCGGAAGUUAAAACAUAGAUAUCAGAGAUGCCGAGUCGAGGAUUUGGGAUAUUUCAAUAGAAUUUUAUCCGCUACAAAUUCAUGCUGUCCUCAUAGUGACAAAAAUUUGUCAGGGGGAAAAGAAUUGCGUGUGUGCGUAUUACGUUCGUGUUGCAAGUCAAGCACUUUGGAGGGCUUCUAUACAUUUUCUAAUCAGUAGCAACCCAUUUCCCGUUGUUAAAGAUAAAUUAUAUCGAGGGACCUAUUCUACCAUCUCUUGUCAUUUCAAGAGUAUCAUGAGAAAUGAGAAUUAAAGAGUGAAAUCUUAAAGAUGAAAACUGUUCAACUGGAUUCGCGAAGUACUUGAAUUUAUCAAAGACUUUAUUUUACAUCAUUAGCGCGGGGGAAAAAUGAUAAUCGUCUCACAUUUACUACGAAACUUCAGUGUUUUUGUUUUCUUGAUUUUCUGUGUCAUUAAGAGCACCUGUCUCGAAUAUGUGACAAAAUCCACGAAAUACGGGAAAGUGAGAGGAUCCGUGGAAACUGUAUACUCAGGAAAAAAGAUUGAGAGAUUUCUAGGAGUCCCCUACGCCUCUCCUCCUUUGAACGAAUUGAGGUUUGAGCAUCCCGUACCCCCCGACCCCUGGAAUGAUGUACUGGAUGCUCUUGAGAUCCCCCCUGCGUGUCCUCAACCGGGAGAGGGUGUAGCCUACAUUGAAUAUCAUGUACCAGACUUCAACCAUACCAGCGAAGAUUGUUUGUAUCUAAAUAUUUAUUCGCCAAAGAAUUCAAACAAAAGUAAAAAAUACCCAGUUUUAUUUUUCGUUCAUGGCGGCUCGUACUUCAAUGGAAUGGGUGCUAUGUUUGAGGGAACAGCACUAUCGGCUUCUGAUAUUGUGGUUGUGACGAUAAAUUACAGACUUGGACCGCUUGGAUUUUUAGCAUCUGGGGACCCGGAACUUGCAGGGAAUUAUGGGAUGAUGGAUAUGAUAGCUGCUUUAUGGUGGGUCCGCAAAAAUAUCGAGGUCUUUAACGGUGAUCCAGACCAAGUGACUCUGAUGGGCCAUAGUGCAGGAGGAUGCAGUGUUGGAUUUCUUAUGAUGUCACCUUUAACGAAUGGUUUGUUCCGGAGGGCUAUAGUACAGAGUGGUUCACCCCUGGCCCAUUGGAGUUACUCGGAAAAAGUGAUGGCUCCGAACAUCCAUUUUAAAAUUUUUAUUUCGUCUAUUGGCUGUCUGCAGAACAGCUCUAGACACAUUAAAGAAUGUCUUCAAAAAAUACCCACAGACGUCAUGCAUAAGCACAUUUCAUAUAAAUAUGUGACAUCCCCGUCACUUACUCCACAGUUUCGUCCUGUAGUGGAUGGAUACAUUCUCCCGGAUAUACCAGAGAGAUUGAUAAAGACCGGGAACUUCCGGGUGGAAAGUGUCAUGACUGGUGCGACUGAGGAUGAGGGUCUAAAUGCAGCAGUGCCCCUUGUAGGUUUAUUUGGUGGAAAUGAAGAAGGGAUAAAGCAAUUAAUUACUCUAAUGUAUUGCUUCCAAGGUGAUUUGCCAAGUGUAGCCAACAUUGUAGACAUGGUAUUAGAUCAGUAUUUAUCAUGGCCAUUGGAAGAAAGGGAGAACUUUGUCCAAGACAUCUUCUCUGACAUUGUCGGGGACUAUUACAUCACAGCACCUACUCAUAAAUUUGCUCAGCUGAUGUCAUUACGCAACACACCUGUCUACCUCUACAACUACGAGUAUAAAUCAAUUUUAGCCCAGUCGAAGGGAGUGACACACGGCUCUGAAAUAUUCUACCUCUCGGGAUUCCCCACGUCUGGUCAUUCACACUUCAGAUUCGAUGACAUCGACAAGAAAAUGUCCAAGUUACUAAUACAUAUGUGGUCAAACUUCAUUUAUAAUGGAUUACCAUCUCUGGUUCCACAUAGGCAGUACCAUAUGAAUCGUUACAGAAUUAACAAUCCCGUGUACACCAAAAUAUAUCAGGGAAUCAAUAGACCUUUUAUAGAGUCAUCUACCGACUACAAGGCCAAAAAACUAGACUUCUGGAACAAUAAAAUCCCACUAUAUUCCGAGACAGUGUCUAGUGACGUCAUACCAAGCCCAGUGCAAAAGACCUACGUAAUCACUGGCCCAGACCACUGGGCCUUAAUCGCCGCGUGCAUUGGACUGGCGGGCUUGGUCAUGUGCUUAGCAGUUGGAUAUUGCAGGGCCAAACUACAGCUUCAGAAUCUCCAUCGUCAACACUGCGUUUGUAUAGCAGGAGAGAUAACAAGUAAAGACUUGAAGAAGUCAAAGUAUUUCAAAACGAACGUUUGAUUUCAGCAUAAUUUCAGUCUCAUUACAAUUCGAACACUCACUUCGUUCACAACACAAAAGCGAUAAAAUAUCUAGAGGGUCAUAGGUUCUAAUUUUAAUUAGAUUGUCCCAAUUUUUUUUUUAUACGUUGAAAGUCUAAUAUUGAUGUCUCUGUAUAUCAUUUACAGUUGAAAUGUUUUCUUUUCUUUUCUAAAAUUUUAUAACUCUUGACAAUUUUUUCCCUUAUAAAUAUGAUUCUUCAACUUUUCUCUUUGAGAAAACCAUGUUUUACAUUAUUUAGCAUUGUCAUUUUGAGGCAUGAUGGAUG